UGGACCUUAUAAUAUUGAACAACUACAUUAUUUAAUGUAGAAUCAUAAUCAAUUGCAGAAUACAGCUACAGUAGCAUUAUUUUAUGGUUAUAUAAUGGAGCCUCGAGAGAGAACGAAUCUGAAACUUCCAACCUUUUCGUUGUCUUCUUCUCUGCGUAAUCUCUUUCUCCUUCUUCGUCGUCGUCUGGUUUUCCGGCGAAAACGUAACCAACACUCACUACGCAAAAAUGGGUACUGGUUGGAGACGGGCCUUCUGCACCACCGCACCGAGAAACAGCGACGCCGCAGCGCAGCCGGAACCCGACACCCGACACGGCGGCUACUCUGUCAGCCCGAGUCCUAGCCCUAGGAGCUGCGUCAAACUCGCCUUCCUCUCCGGGGGAAGUAACCCCUCGACGCCGCGUCCGGUUUCAAGCCCUAGCCUCCGAUGUCGGACGGCUGACGGUGAGGCUCUGGCGGCGGAGGAAAACCUAGAGCCGCUGCUUCACUGCAAAACCACCACACCCAGAUCGGCGGCGAAGAGCUCGAACCCGUCGUCGCCUCGUUCGCCAUUGAAGCUCUCUCUGUUCCGGAACAGCUUCAAAUUCAGAAGUAGUUGCGGGAUUUGCUUGAACAGUGUGAAGACAGGGCAAGGUACGGCGAUUUACACGGCGGAGUGUUCGCACGCGUUUCAUUUUCCUUGCAUCUCCGACUAUGUUCGUAAGAACGGCAAGCUUGUUUGCCCAGUCUGUAACGCUGUUUGGAAAGACGCUUCUCUCCUCGCUGCCCAUCAGAAUUGCGAAAAUGCCACUGAUCUUCCUCCCGCGAACGACGCCGUCUCCGUGAAGACCCUCUCGACGAAGAGGACGGAGAUUCAAGAGAAGCGCGUUGACGGUUUCUCUCCAAGAUCGAAGCUGUCGGUUUCUAGAUUCUACGACGAUGACGAGCCGUUGAUCUCGCCUCGGUUCGUUCCCAUACCGGAGGCCGAUGAGAACGCCGGAGAGGAAGACAGUGAUGUCGCUGAGUUCAAGGGAUUCGUGGUGGAUCCCAAACCAUCUUCGUCCGCCGUCAAGUUCGACGAGGCUCCGAUCAACGGCCGUGAUUUUGGGAACGUACAGGUGAGGCUGUUGCCGGAAUCCGCCGUCGUCUCCGUUGGUUGUGGCUACGAGACCCACGCGGUCGCUCUGCAGGUGAAAGCACCGCCUUCAACGGCGAGACGCGGCGGUGGCAAUGCCGCGGCGCUUCUCGAUCCGUCUCACCGUGCGCAGGUAGAUCUCGUGGCGGUGCUCGACGUCGGUGUUAAUAUCGAUGCUGCGAAGCUCCAAAUGGUGAAACGAGCGAUGAGGCUGGUGAUAUCAUCGCUUGGCUCCGCCGAUCGGCUCUCCAUCAUCGCUGUCAAGAGGCUUCUCCCACUGAAGAGGAUGACAGAGCAAGGCAAACGCGCCGCGAGGCGCGUGAUCGAUACGCUCCUCUCCGGCGCGGGUGGCGGCCAUGGCUCCAACGCCGGCGACGCGUUGAAGAAAGCGACGAGAGUGCUCGAGGACCGGAGAGAGAGAAACCCAAUCGCGAGCAUCGUACACUUCUCAUCAACCAACGGUCAGGAUUCCACUAGAGCCCAUCCCAACAACCAACGAUCUGGAUACUGCCACGUGGCAUCCAACCGGUUCGCAUACAUUCAAAUCCCGGUUCACGGCCACGACCCGGCCGAAGAAGCGUUUACGAAAUGCGUCGGCGGUUUACUCAGCGUCGUGGUUCAGGACCUCCGGAUUCAAAUACGGGUCGCAUCCGGAUCCUCUCCAUGCGAAAUCUCAGCCGUUUAUCUCUGCAACGAACGGCCCACAUUGGUCAGCUCCGGGUCCGGAUCGGUCCGUCUCGGCGACCUCUAUGCCGACGAGGAGCGAGAGCUUCUCGUUGAGCUCCGAAUCCCGGCGGAGACGGCGGCGAGUGGGUCCCCCGCGCUCUCCUUGCGGGGGCUCUACAAGGACCCGUCGAAUCAAGAGGUCGUUUACGGUCGGGAUCGGAGUCUCCGAGUCCCUCAGGCCGUACGAUCGUCGUCGCCGAGGAUCCAACGGCUGAGGAACCUCUUCGUGGCUACGCGCGCGGUUGCAGAGUCGCGGAGGCUCGUGGAGCACGGCGAGUUCACCAGCGCGCACCACCUGCUCACGUCGGCGCGUGCGCUUCUCUCGCAGUCAGUUGCGGCGGCGCGUGGGGAGAUGGAGGAGUAUGUGAGGGCGGUGGAGACGGAGCUCGUGGAGGUGCAGGGGCGGAGGCAGCAGCUGAUGGAGUAUCAGCACCAUCAGAUCCCACGGCGGAGGGAGACGCCGGCAGCGAUGACGGACGAGAACGGCGAGGCACUGACGCCGGCGUCGGCGUGGAGGGCAGCUGAGAAGCUAGCGAAGGUGGCGAUGAUGAAGAAGUCGUCGAGCAGCGACUUGCACGGCUUCGAAAACGCUAGAUUUUAAUAUUUUAAAAAAAUUUGGAUAAAUAAUAUAUAAAUAAAUACUCUUUUUAAAAAAACGAAAUUCUGUAAUUUUUGGAUUGUUAUUAUUAUAUUAAAAAGGUGAUUAGAAGCAGACGGCGGGGAACUUUG